AUGCCACAUGAAAAGGCAUAUGAGCUUUGUCGUCGGACAUGUUAUGUUGUUCGCGAGGAACUUGUCCCUUUGUUUGGAUCUUUGUUUCCUUCGCAAGCAUUGGAUCCGACGCAGCCCGGAUUUGGACGCUUGACUCUCACUGAUUCUGUACCAACCAAGAAGCGGCAACGACGCAAACCAAAAGAUACACGUGUAGAUAACAUUUCUAUCACGACUAAUAAUAAAAACAAGGGCAUAAAAGCUAGUAGAAUUAUAUCAUCUCAAAUCGAAGAAAAUGGCGGUGAGAAUGCUAAUAAUGUAAAGUGCGAAAUUCAUGAUGAUUUCUCCUCAGUUGAUCAACCUCUACAGUUUUCCAAAUUUCAAAGUAUGGAGAGCAAUCGUCAUUUGGUUAUUUUACGCAAGCAAAAGAGAACAGCCGAUGACUUACAUUUCGUUGAGAAUAUGUUAGAAAAUCAGCUAUUGUCCAAGCGAAGGAGGCAUCAAUCCUCAGAGAACGGUAGUUUUGGUGAUGAUGAAAACUCUUCAUCUGAAUGUGAUCCAGACUCAUCAUUAGUUAUCGAUCGUCGUGGUUCUGAUUCAGCUUAUUCCAGUUCAUCUCAACAUUACGACUUAAAACAUCAAUACUCACCUACCGAAUCUGUCGACUUGAUGUCUAAAACCCGUCAUAAUGGAAUUACUCAUUCAUUCAAAUCUUCUAAUAUCACAACCACUCAUAGUCAUCCACAAAUAGAUCCUUACACCCCGUAUCCUCCUCCAACUGUACAUCCCACAUCUCCUUAUCAAACACCACCAUCACCUUUAACCGAACAUGACCUUUAUGAAGCAAUUAGUGCUACUGUCGCUUUACAACAAUUAUCACAAGAUAAUGGUACACGUCCUUUACAAAAGGAUCAAGCUCGUAACGCUUGGCCCAGAAACUUCAUCAUGGGUAAUCGAGAAUUCCAGUUUGUUGGAUGUCGUUAUCGAGUUGUUCGUUAUUGGUAA